UGAUAAACGAUUUGCACGAAGCAAACUUUCUUUGACUUUUGUUUUGGCUUUUGACAAUGUCUUUGAAUUUGAUUACACUCCCCACGCUCGGAAUAGGAUCCGGCAAUCACUUGAUGCCGGUUCUAGGACUCGGAACAGCCGCGUCUCCGCCGCCGAAACCGUUGGUGCUGAAAGAGACUGUGCUUGAGGCUAUCAAGCUCGGCUAUCGUCACUUUGACACGUCUCCGAGGUACCAGACGGAGGAGCCUCUCGGCGAAGCUCUAGCGGAGGCGUUUUCUCUCGGCUUAGUCCAAUCUCGAUCUGAGCUCUUUGUCACUUCCAAGCUUUGGUGCGCCGAUGCUCAUCGCGGCCUCGUCGUACCGGCGAUGCAACGGAGUUUGAAAAACCUUAAGCUUGAUUAUCUUGAUCUCUACUUGAUUCAUUGGCCAGUGAGCUCAAAACCUGGUAAAUUUAAGUUUCCAAUCGAAAAAGAUGAUUUUCUUCCGAUGGAUUACGAAACAGUUUGGUCAGAGAUGGAGGAGUGCCAGAGACUCGGGCUUGCAAAAUGUAUCGGAGUGAGCAAUUUCUCAUGCAAGAAGCUUCAACACAUCCUCUCUAACGCCAAAAUCCCGCCUAGCGUCAAUCAAAUGGAGAUGAGUCCAGUAUGGCAACAGAGGAAGCUAAGGGAGUUUUGUAAGUCGAAGGGCAUUGUUGUGACAGCUUAUUCGGUAUUGGGAUCGAGAGGAGCAUUUUGGGGAACUCACAAAAUCAUGGAGUCUGAUGUUCACAAAGAAAUAGCUGAGGCCAGAGGAAAAACAGUGGCACAGGUGAGUAUGAGAUGGGCCUAUGAGGAAGGAGUGAGCAUGGUGGUGAAGAGUUUUAAGAAAGAGAGAUUAGAGGAAAAUCUGAAGAUAUUUGAUUGGUCUUUGACAGAGGAAGAGAAACAUAGAAUCUCCACAGAGAUUCCUCAGUCAAGAAUCGUUGGCGGUGAGGUUUAUAUCUCUGAGAAAGGCCCCAUCAAAUCUGUAGCCGAAAUGUGGGAUGGGGAGAUAUGAUGAUGAUCACUUCGUAUGAAAGUGGUCCAAUGGAAAGGAUGUACUUACUAGUCUUUCUCUUGUUAUUAAAUAAUGGAAAGGGUAUCAAAACUUUCAUUAAAAAAAAAGACCAAAAGAGCCACAAAAUCU